CAAGUUCUCUGCCAGAGAGCUGAGAGAGGAAAGGAAAUUCCCAGAGCUGGUCAUUAUUUCUCAAAAAAAAAAUAAUAAAAAAAAAAGAAGAAGAAGCACAGAUAAAUAAGGGCACGAGGAGUACGUACUCUUGCAGAGUCCCGUUUGAAGCGUAUCACCGGCACUUGCUCCAGCUCUUCAGUGUUUGUUAAGAAAUUCCAGGUCAUUCCACUUCUGACCCCGAGGACAAGUAACAUCGCAGACAUGGCCCCAGAGAUUCACAUGCCAGAACCCAUAUGCCUCAUUGCGAACACGGAUGAACACCUAGUGACUAACCAGGAAGCCCUGGAGAUCCUGUCAGCCAUCACACAGCCGGUGGUGGUGGUGGCCAUUGUUGGCCUCUACCGCACAGGCAAAUCCUACCUGAUGAACAAGCUGGCUGGGAAGGAGAAAGGCUUUUCCGUGGGCUCCACUGUUCAGUCUCACACCAAGGGCAUCUGGAUGUGGUGUGUGCCCCACCCUCAAAAGCCAGACCACACUUUGGUUCUGUUGGACACUGAGGGCCUGGGAGAUGUGGAGAAGGUUGAUGAAAAGAAUGAUAUUCAGAUCUUCGCACUGGCGAUCCUCCUCAGUAGCACCUUCGUAUACAACACCAUGAGCAAAAUUGACCAGGGGGCUAUCGACCUACUGCACAGUGUCACAGAGCUGACAGAUCUGCUCCGGACAAGGAACACCUCUGAUCCCAGUGAAACCAAGGAACCUGAUGACAUGAGCUUCUUCCCAGACUUGGUGUGGACUCUGAGAGAUUUCUUCCUGGGCCUGGAAGUCAAUGGGCAAGCCAUCACAUCAGAUGAAUAUCUGGAGAAGUCGCUGAUGCUGAAGCAAGGUAGUGAUGAAAGGACCCAAACAUUCAAUCUACCUCGGCUGUGCAUACAGAAGUUCUUCCCAGUAAAGAAAUGCUUUGUUUUUGACUCUCCUGCUCUCGGAAGUAAACUUUCUCAGCUUCAAACACUCAACAGUGAUGAGCUGAACCCUGAUUUUGUGCAGAACCUUUCAGAAUUCUGUUCUCACAUCUUCACACAUUCUAAGACCAAGACUCUUCCAGGAGGCAUCCAGGUCAAUGGACCUCGUCUGGAAAGCAUGGUGCAGACCUAUGUGGAUGCUAUCAACAGUGGGGCUCUUCCUUCCAUGGAGAACAUGGUGGUAACCUUGACCCGGAGAGAGAACACAGCAGCAGUGCAAAAGGCCAUUGCUCACUAUGACCAACAGAUGAGUCAGAAGGUGCAGCUGCCCACAGAGACCCUCCAACUGCUGCUGGACCUGCACAAGACCUGUGAGAAAGAAGCCAUAGAAAUCUUCAGGAAGCGUUCUUUCAAGGAUGAUGACCAAUGUUUCCAGAAAGAAUUGGAGAGCCUACUAAGUGCAAAGCGGGAUGAGAUUUGUAGGAAGAACGAGGAUGCUUCUGCAGCCCUCUGCUCAACCCUACUUCAGAGUACUUUUCAGCCUCUGGAACAAGAAGUGGCACGGGGGGUCUAUGCUAAACCAGGAGGACACAGUCUCUUCCUUCAGAGGAUGGAACAGUUGAAGGCACAGUACCGCCAGCAGCCGGGGAAGGGAACACAGGCUGAGGAAGUUCUGCAGAAAUAUCUGAAAGCCAAGGAACCAGUGAGCGCUACAAUUCUACAAACAGACCAGGAUCUCACAGCCAAAGAGAAGCAGAAAAAAGAGGAACAAGCAAGAGCGGAGGCUGCCCGGGCUGAAGCACAGAGGUUGGAGGCUCUUCGAGUCCAGGAAGAGCAAAGGAGAGUAGAGCAGGAGAGAAGGCAUCAAGAGCAUCUGAGGCAAAUAGAGUUUGAGAGGGCAAACUUCCAGAGAGAGCAACAGAGGAAGCAGAAGCAGAGGGUCCAGGAAGAGAUGGAAAGGAUCAAGGCAGAGCAGGAAGCUCAACUCAGAGCACUUCAACAGCAGCUCCAAAACAUGAGGGUAAUAAGCCACCACGAACAUGACCAGUGUAUAAUAAUCUAAUACACCAAAACCUGGGUCCUCCCUUUCUUAUUGCUUCUCAUUGAAGACACAGAGGAACAAGAGACCGAAGGACUUCAGACAACCAAUAGUUAAGAAGCCCCAGCGCCCCCUGACUAACUGCCACAUCUGUCUGGAGAUAGUUACUCAGGGGGUGUUAAUCAAAUAGAACUUGGCCAAUAUCUGCAAUUGACAUGGCAUCCCCUUUACUGGUGGACACAGGAAGAAGGGUUACCAAUGAGAAAUCAGAAAAAAAUUUGUUUUUCUCAACUGGGUGCGGGCCCCUGCUCCGUGGACAGAGGGGCUGGCUCCUCAGUACAAUCAGCUGACCAUCUGCAUGAUAUUCCUUUCCAUUUCUUUGUUGCGAGCCCAAACACAUUAUAGUCAACCUUGUCACGUGGCUAAGGAUCAUGUCACUCACACUUGGAGGAAAAUUUGUUCCUCCCGAUUGUCUUUUCUGCUGCAUCCACCUUCUAUCUUUGGUUACGUGAUUAAUGAUAAAGAAAGUCUUCCACUAAGGCUUUGCUUUCGAUACACAAAAUCACCAUCUGGCCCCAUCUGUAUCCAUUUUUCUUCCUUCAAGUCUAUGCUUGCCCAGGCAUAUUGCUCACUUUCAAUCAGAUUCUUAACCACAGUCAUUAUACUGACGUUUAAAUCAUUUUGAUGAUUUAAAAUUUAAAGUUUUUAAACGGUUUGUGACCAUUCUAAGCCUGACCCUGUUUCUGGGUCUAUUUGCUUUAUUUCUUUAAAAUAAAAUUAAAAAAAAAA